AUGAAAGAAAAACUGGUCCGGAGUGGUCAGCAGGUCCUGGAUGAACAUGGCCACUUCGGCUUCUUGCACCAAGCCAAGCUCGCCAUCCAGCUGGCUGGCGGACAGGGCAGCCGCUGCGACCUUUCUCUCCGAUCUCCAGAGAGCAUGGGCAUCCCAAAAGGCAAAAUUGUGCUGGCCGGCAAUGGACACCACCUCGUCAAGUGGGCGAUCGGAGUAGAGAGCGCCUCGCGUUUCGGUCAGCUCCUGAAUGGCCACUCGCCCUUUGCGGGCGACCUGAUGUAUAUUUCCUACCACGGGAAGGGUCGGCGGCCCGGGAGGGAGUCUCUUAUCCCGGUGUCCAAUUCGACCAACGAUCAGGACGCCGUACGGGAUCGGAGAUGUAGUCAGGAUAUAGAGAACGGACAUGGUGAAGCAGAACAGCACGAUGGCGAAAAACCUCCGGAAUGGUGGACGAUGCUCCAGUCGAGAGAGACUGAGAAAGAGACCACCGUCGUCGAUGUGGUUCUUUAA